AUGCUUGAUGGCGAAGAAAUUAUUGGGCCCUUUUGUCAUCGGGAAAAGGAUGAGUACAAUACUAGACAUAGACGUGGACCGACUCUGGAAUCGACCGAGUAUGAGGUUGACGUGCCGCUAUUACAUCCAUCGGAAGGAACAGAAAUCAUUUACAUAACUGCACCUAACGGAUACAAAUUCCGUUUUAAAUUCAACUUCGAAUGGGAGCUCAUUUCUGCACCGGGAGUCGCCUUUUCAAAUUCCACUUCCCCAAUCUACGUGCCAUCAGAGGGAAUCUGCGGUCCAGGACACUUCGCUCCGUCCUAUUUUGUGGCUUUUUCGAAAAGACUGUCUGAAACAGAGUUUCCAGAGAGCGCACAAGAAGGAAUGAGCGAAUUCUCUGCUGCGAUGACUGGCUUUGAGAACUAUUUCGAUUCACACUUCUCACAGUUCUGCUCAUCAAUGGCAACCCAAGUGCCCUGCGAAUUCUUUUGGGAAGCCAACGAUGAAGAAAUAACGGCACAGGACAUAUUUGCGAGCCUUGAAGGGUUAAUACGAUUUAUUCUCCCCCACUGCGAAGACGGCUUUGGACAUAAUUGGGAAGCAAGUUUGGAAGAGUUAAAAAAUCACGUCGGCGGAGAAAUUCCAGUUGUAUCCGUCUCAGAGGAUACAAAAGCCGAGCUCUGUGGUCCGUGCAGUAGUGACAUUGACUGUGGAUCAUUCAGCGAUUACUUUUUGAAAUGCUCGGAAGAGACCAAGAAGUGCGUCUGCGCAGACCAGUGGAUCGACGAAAACGGAAAUCCCAACGACGGAUGCGAAGUUUUCAGAGGAGAUGCUGCAAUUGAUCAUUACCAAUGCGAGAGUAGCUCGACCUCAACCACCACGUUGUCGACAACCUCUUCAGCAGUGACUUCGACGACGCUUACAGCUACUACUACAACAUCGACAGAAGCGGAGCUUGAAGCAACAACGGAAAUUGUAAAGCAAGAAAGUUUGUUCAAAAUAAUGGAAGUAAGCUCAACAUGCCCCUCAAAUUGGCAAAAGACUCCGAUGACUGCUGACGAAAACCCGUGGAAUUCAAUUCUGCACUCAACUGAAGAAAUGUGCCUCUUUGCGAAUCUUCCAGCUUGUUCUGAAUCGCUUUUCAAAACAGUUCUCAAGUCAAACGCUUGCCAUAAUGAACGCUUGCUGGAAAUCUUUCAAAUGGUCGUUCAAAAAGUCGCUGAAGUCUCAGUUACUGGUGAUUUUGACAGAACUUGUCUCUAUUCAAUCCACGAGGCUCCUUGUCAUCUUCUCGAUUUUAAGCAAACGAAAUCGACAAGACAGGGAUGUUAA